GAGCCUGGACGCUAAAUCUGUUUUCUCUCUGUUGGCAGGCCCAUUCUUCAACUCCAACAACAUCACCGCAACUUCCCCUGAUACCAACUCAUCACAUCUUGAGGUACUUCUUGUCACCUCAGAAAUAUUAUCGUGAAUCCUGCGAUUCCCAUAAAUCCAUAGCCUGAACCGUUUCCCGCUCACAGUCCUACUUUCUCGUCACCACGACACUGAACGAACACCCUCAUAACCUCACACAACAGUCGUCAUGGCGCUCAAGAGAAUUAACAAGGAACUGAACGAUCUCGGCCGUGAUCCCCCGUCCUCGUGCUCGGCUGGACCUAUUGGAGAUGAUUUGUUCCACUGGCAGGCAACUAUUAUGGGACCUUCCGAUUCGCCAUACUCCGGAGGUGUAUUCUUCUUAGCCAUCCACUUCCCAACAGACUACCCAUUCAAGCCUCCGAAGGUCAACUUCACAACCCGCAUCUACCACCCUAAUAUCAACUCCAACGGCAGCAUCUGUCUAGACAUCCUCAGGGACCAAUGGAGCCCGGCUCUUACCAUAUCCAAAGUUCUGCUUUCCAUCUGCUCCAUGUUGACGGACCCCAACCCGGAUGACCCACUUGUCCCAGAGAUCGCACACGUCUACAAGACCGAUCGUGCCAGGUACGAGGCCACGGCAAGGGAGUGGACUCGCAAGUACGCUAUCUAGAUGGCUGAUGGGGGAUAUUCUCAACUCGCGUUUAUGGAUUAGCUGGCGCAACUGUUCCUGUCAACACAUUCGGUCUGGUUAUGCAUGCCUCUAGGGCAAGGAGUGAGCAAGUUGUGGACUUCAACGGGGACGGGUCGCGGUGGGUGUUACGUUCAGUGGUGGGAUCAGGGAGGCUAAAUGAUCUUGCGUCGGCAGACUUUAAUCUUCCAAAUUCGCAAUUAAAACAUCGCUGAACUAUAUGGCCUGUUUGCAAGGGGAUGUUUUUCCGAGGAGCGUAACAUGCCUGGGAACUGUGAGGUGUGCAAAUGGGAUGGUGGUAUGUCGUUGGAGGGAGAUGGUAGUCAUUCGGAG